AUGCCCAAUCAACAUAAGCCGAUACCACCUGAAGUUGAUUUGAAGCCAGUUCUCGAGUUCUACUAUCACAUCGGCCUGAGCGAUAUCAAGAUUGCCUCACACUGCUUGAACCACUUCGACAAAGAAGUCUAUGGUCUCGGUGUCAUCUCAGUUCGCCGUUUGCGCAAGAAAUGGGGUCUUAGAAGUACUCGACAGCAACAGCACACCGUCGCAAGCAUUGCGGAGCAUGUCGCUGAGAUCAAGACUCGUUUUCCUGGGGGAGGAGCAGAUUCUGUCAAGAAAACAUUGUUAUUUGAGCGAAAUAUUCGCGUACCAAGAGAUAUUGUUGCUGCAUAUCUGAAGCAGACAGAGCCUGAAGCUGUGAACGCGCGCCGUCAACGCCGCUUCAAGCGACGCUGCUUCUGGGCCGCCGGUGUCAAUGAUGUUUGGGCAAUCGAUCAACAUGAUAAGUGGAAGCGGUUUGGGCUUUUCCUCCAUGUCGGAGUUGAUCCUUUUCCAGGAUUCAUUCUUUGGAACAAAAUAUGGUGGACAAACAGCAACCCUCGGCUUAUAACAUCCUAUUAUAUUGAAGUGGCACGCAAGCAGAACGGCAUUCCUCUCGUCACCCAGAGUGACCCUGGCUCUGAGAAUUUUGGUGUUGCGAAUGCACACACCAACGUUCGUCACCGUCUCGAUGCAUCACUUGCCGGCACGUUGCAACAUCGUUGGAUGCGCAAACAUCAAAAUAUCAAACCGGAAAUUCAUUGGUCACUAUUGCGUAGGACCUGGACCCCAGGAUUUGAGAACAUGCUGGACAACGGGGUCGAAAAUGGUUGGUACGACAUAGGCAAUCCGCUCCAUGAGCUCUUGUUCCGCUGGCUUGCAAUUCCCUGGCUACAACGAGAGCUAGAUGCUUGGGUGUAUCAACGCAACAUGACAGCGCGCCGUGCCGACAAGAACAAAAUUCUACCUCAAGGGGUUCCCGAGUUGAUUCGGCAGAACCCUCCGGCGUAUGGUUGCCAAGACUUUAAAGUGUCUGUCCCGAAUGAUGUUUUUGAUGAGAUCGAGAGAACUUGGGCACCUCCUGAUCAUAACGUCUUCAAGCUGGUUCCCGAAGAGUUUGCUGCUCGGGUUGGAGCUUGUUACGGCCUAAUGAAUGAGCCUGUCAUCUCAUCAGGCACAUUUUGGAACAUAUAUCGACAGAUGCUUGCGGCGCUCGAGGCCAUGCCCUUGGAUGCGUCGUUUCAGCAGAUGCUUGAUGACCACGUGUCUUACAGUGAGGGUCAGAUGCAAGAACAAGAAUCUGUUCCCGUAAUCUCUGGGUUGCAAGACCUCGUAGAUGAUCGAGUUGUUGGAGUAGGUAGGGAUCCUAUCGAUAGGGAUUCUGAUGAAGAGGUAUAUGCUAUUUUUACAGAUACUGAAUCUGAUGGAGAGCAUGCUGAAGAGAAUAGCAACAUUUUUUGA